AUGAGCCAGCUGGCGACGAAUCAAGCCCUCGCUAGCAUUGACGCAAACAUCAACUUGUCGCAUGCCGCCGUCGGGCUGCAGACUACAGAUUACUUACCUCUCAAGGAUGGGCCCCUGGUCAAGUCGGAACCGGCGGCACGUGAAUCGAACAGACCCCUGCCGAAGAUCGCGAAAACUAGCGUCGGCGUAGGACGCAGCGCUACUUGGCAGGUUGAACCUUGUUACCGUUUUCCCGUUGAAGUCGUAAACUUGUACCAUCGGACAUUGAUCUGUGCAAAAUAA